UUUAUACUUAAAUAGAACAUUGAUUGUUAUUUGUCGGUACUCGGUAGUCGGUACUCUGUUUUUAUUAAUGGCCUCGUCCUUUGCGUGUUAUUUAUUCCGUCAAACGUGAUCAACGUUUUGGCGUCCAUUACACGGAUGUCUCAGAACAGCCCUCAAGUGCGGGUUUGGUGAUUAUAACAACAGUUGUCUGUGUUUGAUUCGGGAUUACGAUGACUGCCGAUCACUUUUGUUUGAAAUGGAACAACUAUCCUUUGAACAUGGUCACCGAGUUGGACAGUCUUCGUACCAGUGAAGACCUAGUAGAUGUAACCUUAUCAUGUGAUGGACAGUUGUUCAAAGCUCAUAAAGUUGUGUUGUCUAUGUGCAGUACUUACUUUCGAAAUGUGUUCAAGGAUAAUCCUUGUAGACAUCCAGUUGUAAUAUUGAAAGAUAUAAACCAAGACGAUGUCCAGGCAUUGCUCAAUUUUGUGUACCAAGGCACUGUUUACAUAUCAGAGAAAAAAUUAGCAUCAUUUUUACGGACUGCAGAAUUACUACAGAUAAGAGGUUUAGCUGGUGCAGCUUCUACAAUAAAUACAGAUCUAGAGUCAACCCGGACAAGUUUGGAGAAAAAUGCUGUACCUCCACUACAGCAACUUUCUACUAAUAACAAUCAAGAUGAAAAACAUGAUACAUCAACCUCAACAGAAAAAUCUGAUUCCCCUAAAUCUCCCAGUGAAAAAGUUUCUGCAAAACGAAAGAAGUGUCUUCCAGUAAAAUUGAAAAAACAAUUUGACAAUGGCACAGAGUUUAUGGAUGAAACAACUGGUAGUGAAACUGACAUAUUGAGUCGGUUAAAAGUCGAUGAUAUUGAUGAUGGAAAUGUAGAUACUGACUGUUAUAUUGAUGAAGAAGGCUCAAAAGAUGAAUUUUGUGAUGAUCCAUAUGCCCAAGGACCUGAUGUUGAUGAAUAUGAAGAUGUAGAUAUAGUUAAAGAUGAAUUUGUUUCACAUUCUACCACAAUUUUUGACAAGUCRUUAAUUGCUUCUCGAAUGUUGAAUGAUCCUAAAGAUAUCCACACAAGUACAGCUAGUGGUAUUGAGUUUGCUAUAUCUUCAGCACAAACAAACCAAUGUCCAUCGGAACAAUCAUUAACAACUGCAGACCGUCUAGGCCGCCGACCAUGUCCCUUGUGUCAAAAAGUGAUCUCCAACAAGUCUAACUUAUUAAAACAUAUGCGCAUUAGGCAUAGUGAUGAAUACAAUCCAGCUGGUUGCAGUGUGUGUGGUAAAGUAUUUAAGAAUAAAUAUAGUUUACGUGCACACAUUAAUAUCUACCAUAAGGAACACUCGACUACUACUAAUACGACUAAUCAAGGUGCAUAUCAAGUGUACAACAAUAACGCUAUUGGUCAACAGCAGCCACAGCCGCCACAACAACAACAACAACAACAACAACAACAUCAACAUCAACAAUCUGUUUCAGUGCAGCCUAUCAACAAUUCUACUGGUUCUUAUCUAACUAGUUCAUCGCCGGUUACUUGUUUCAACCAGUCUUCAAAUGCUAGUACAGCCAGUGGCUACAUUAUACAGCAGCCUCCUACAUCGCCGUUCCUAAAUAAAAUCUCACUGGAUCUCCCGUCUCCAUAUCAGUUAACAAAUCAGGCUACAUCUGGGCCACCUUUAUCACCACUUUAACCAUUAUUUCCACCAGCAUCAGCCGGUGAAAUUUUUGAUGUUGUCGGAUGCUCUUCACGCAUGACUCAUUUGGAGGUUUAAAUUUUAACCUCAUUUUCGAGAUCGGUUACUGACAAAUUAAUGUGUCAUUAUUAUUAUUAUUAAAUAAAUAUAUAUUUAAUUAUAUUUUUUUCUAAAGGGGGGAAGGGCUUGGUUUUGAUGUUUGGUUAAUUUUUACUGGUUUUAAUUCAUUAUUUUAAAAUGUAUAUUGGUAUACCUGAAGUAUAAUAUUUUUAUUAAUACAUUAAAUGAUAUG